CUGCAAGAGCGGAAGAAAUCUCACAAUUUUGUUCAUUUGACAGACCAUUUGACCACAGACAAAAGCUUCUUCAGUGCGCGUGAAGCUGCUCUUCACAGCAGCAACAGCAGCAGCAGCAGCCGUAGAUUAGUCCCUUCCAAAGCUCUCCCUUUUCACUGCCAAAUGCCAACUUCAUCCAAUUCUUCAAAAAGCCUUUUCCUUUCCUCGAUCUUUUCAAACAAAAGCAUCUCAUUUCUCCCUCACAUUCUCAGUAUUUUCACAGUUACUUUCUCUUCUCCCCUUUCCCUUUCCUUCCUUUCGCUUUUGUUCUUCUUUUGUAUCCCAUCAUUCCUUCUUUCUGAAACGAAUCAUUUUGCCUUUGCGUCAAGACAUGUAAAUAAAAACUAAAACCCUUACUUCUCUGCUCUGUUCCGUCGCUUUCUUACUCUCCUUCACAUUAUUGCAAGGCCCUCUCCUCUUCUAGAUUCGUCCUCCUUUCUUGCUACAUUGCCCUUUUCAUAGUUUUCGGACCUUUCUUUGCCAGCAGACUAAAGAGCUUUCUUUUUUUUUUUUAGUUCUUCAUGGGCUUGUUUUUGUGCUUUGGGUGUUGGAUUGUUGAGUGUUUGCGAAAAUGAUUAAACUUGAGUAUUUUUUUUAUUUAUUUAAAAUUCUUUGUCUGGGUUUUUGCUGUGAAGUGUCGGUGGUAAGAGAAAUGAAUGAACAGACCAGUAAAGCGGCGUCGACUUUGGCUAUAACGGAGAAGAAGCCUCAUAGGCCUGGUGGCUGUGUCGGCAUUUUCUUUCAACUCUUUGAUUGGAACAGAAGAUUUGCAAAGAAGAAACUUUUCUCCAGAAAAUUACUUCCUCCUGCUCGUACAAAAGCUUCAAAAAGAUUUAGAGGAGAUGAAAAAAUGCCUAAAUCCAAGCCUCAUUUGAUUGCUGAUGAGAACAGUGGGGGUUUUCCAAAUGUGAAGAAGAAUGGUAAGCAUAGUAAUGGAGAAAUGGAGCUAAAGCAUGAGAUGCGAUCUCCGGGUUUGGUUGCUAGGCUAAUGGGAUUAGAAUCCAUGCCAGCUGUGAAUAGGGAUAAGUCUAAUAGGAAAGCUCCGGUUUCAGGUAGUAAUUCUGAUGUUAGAGAUGAGAAAAUGGUGAAUAGUCACAGUGUGGUUAAUGGGGAGGAUUUGGCUUUGGAGAAAGGUAGCGCCAAAGUUGAGCUAAGGCCUCCGAAGAUUCAGAAGAUAGAGUCCUAUGAUAGACGGGCUGUUACUAGGUUUGGAGCCGAGGCAUUGCAAAUUAAGGGUGUUUUGUCACGAUCCAAAAAGCAUCAACAUCAAAAGUUUGUUUCUCCAGUUAAGAGUCCCAGGAUUUCUUCUGCAAGGAAUGCAUCUAGGGCGUCUAGGUUGAUUGAUGCUGCUGCUAAAAUUCUGGAACCUGGGUUGCAAGCUACAAAUAGAGCAAAAUAUGCUCUUGCUUAUUCAAGUUCUAUGCAUUAUUCGGCUAAGAAUGAGGUUGUAACUGAGGGAAUUGGGAUUGUCUCACCAGAUGUGUUGAAACAAUCUGCUUGUAAUGUUGGCACUGCUAAGUCUUUGAUGGGCCAUACAUCUUGCAAAAACUGUGGCAAUUUGCUUGAUGUAGUGGAGUCUAGAGCAAAGUUGGAGGAGCAGUCAUUUGUUUGUCCUUACUUUGCUCCAAAUUUGGUAGAUUCUUCUUCUCAAGGAUUAGAAAAGAAUUGGCCAAGGCCUUCCCCGUCCUCCGUAAGUCUAGGGAAAGAGGUAAUUUUCCAGAGAUGCCAUGAGCAACCAUUAUCUUUUACCGGUCAAGAAGAGGAAAGUGUACAGUCCGGCUGUGAUUCCAAUACAUCUAGGAAGCCUAUAUCUCAAGAAGUUAAAGCUCAAUGGCAUUUGACAAGCCAACCCGGCAAACCUCAAAGGAAUGAAAAGUCUCCUAUUGCUUUCAAGCCGAGGAAUCAAACUCAAAAUCAUAUAUCUCUAGACAGGGAUAGAAUCCCAGCAAGGCCUAAAUUAAAUAAUCUUCAAAGUAGGAGAGCUGUUUCUGCUGCAAAUGCUGUUAGUGCAGCCAAGGAUUUUGUUUCCCUGAACAGAAGUGUUAGUAGUCGCACUAGACUUAGAGUGCCAACCAAAGUGGAUAGUUCUCUGAUUGAAAUUGAGAGCAAAUCUUCUAGCCAUCGAGAUGAUUCCUUGUCACAGUUAAGAUCUCCAGGAAGAAAGAGGAGAACAAUUAGUGUUAAUGGGCAAGCUGAAAGUGCAGGUUUCAUCAAUUCAGCAAUUGGAAAAGAAGGAAAUGCUAAAUGUAAUCCAGGGACUAGAAGAGAAAUAGUGCGUGGUGCUCGCUUCAUGGAACAGACCUGUGCUAAAAGCAGAUCAACAAGCCAGGAAACUGGUAAUGGAGCCAGUGGCAAAAAUGAAACUGAUAUUAUUUCUUUCACAUUUAAUUCCCCACUAAAGCAAAACCAUGGCAUUUCCAUGGAAGUGAAGGACAAAAGAAAGGAUCAAAAUCACAUUCAUUAUGGAAGCACUUCCCUCCAGCGAAAAGAAAUAUUGGAAGGCAAUUGUGGAGAAACUUCUUUGCAUAAGAACAUGCCACUGACAGGAGAUGCUCUAAGUGUUCUUUUGGAACAAAAAUUGAAGGAAUUGACUUCUCAAGAGGAGGAUGAACUGAAAACAGGUUGUACUCUACCAAAGAGAUCAACUGCCAUGAUUCUCCAGGAGUUAAUUUCUGCUUUAACUUCAGAGCAGCUUAUCUCUCAGAAUGGUUACCUGUUUAAUUCAGAUAUGGCUCUCCAGACUGAAACGAAGGGUGAAGCAACCUUGGUUGGAUUUGCGAGUCAUGGUGAUCAUUUUAGCCCAGGUUCUGUUCUUGAAGCUUCAUUUUCAAAUGAUAGUUGUGUUUCCAGCAGCCUGGAUGAGAGCUUAGGACAUAGGUUGCAUCUGGAUUCCAUGGACUAUUCAUAUGAUGAGCCACAACCAACAGAACUUGAUACAGAUCUUCUGGAUUCUGCAACUUCAUUGGACAAAGAGAUGAAUGGUAAUGAGAUGGUGACUGAUCUUGUCAACCGAAUUUCUGCUAUGUUGUGUGUCAUCAGUAAUGUCGGUCUUGGAUUAUCUGGAGACAAGCUUAUCCAUGUAAAGGAGGCUAUCUUGAAAGCAGAACUGUUGUUUGGAAAUGUGACUCCCCGUGAUUCAGAUGGGACAGACGAUUUUCUCUUGGGGCCCUAUAUACAUGAUGAAGUUGAAACUCUUGCUGGUGCCAUGUGGGUAGAUUUUAGUUCUCUUCUUGGUGUUGAUCAGAGUCAGACCAAAGAAAAUAAUCAGCUUAGAGUAUUUCUGUUUGACUGUGCGAUAGAGUGCCUAGAUUCCAAAUAUGGUCGAUACUGUAACUCUGGAUUCAGAGCAUGGAGAAGUCUGCCAUUUUGCAUGAACUCAGGAAAGCUAAUUCGAGAUGUUGAUGGGGAAGUUAGAAGGUGGACAAAGUUGGCUGGGAUGGUUCCUGAUGAAAUAAUAGAAUGGGAGAUGAGUAAUUCACUGGGUAAAUGGACAGAUUUUGAUAUCGAGGCAUUUGAAACUGGUGCUGAAAUGGACUGGGAUAUUCUUCAAAACUUAGUGUUGGAAAUUGUGGUAGACCUGGUUUCCCCUUGAAUUACGUAGGCCCUGUGAUUAGUGAGUAUCUGUUGUAAAUCAUGUUGACAUGCAACCACUUAAUUCUCUCUGUGAUCAAAUCAAGAUGGUAAUUAUUUGAACAAAUGAGUUAUGGAUGAGGUGGUGGGGUUGCUGCCUGGAGCUAAUUGAUUUUGUAGAUGAGCAUUGUAUAAUCUUUUUUCUUUGAUGUAACUUGUUCUGAAUAGCUGAACAGCUUGAAACGGUCUGAUGAUUAAUGUUUGCCUACUGAAGUUGGAAGGUAAAGAUCCUUUCAUUUGAUA